AUUAAAUUGUCCUGAAAUCUCGUAUUCUGUUGACUAUUAGUCUAUUACAGCAGCUUAAAACGCCUCAAAUUCAUUUCACUUUAACAAAUUCACACUUCAUUGCAAAACUAUAAAUGUCCGACGAAAUUAGGGAAGCAAGAAGACGACGUAUAUUGGAAAAUUCAGAGAAACGACUUCAAAGGAUUUUAGGUGUCAACACUCAUCUUAAUGAACCUGAUAAACAACAAAAAGAAUUUCUUGCCACUCCGGUGAUUACUGCUGAACACCAAAAGGUAGCAACGGAACCAUGUAUCAUUAAAAGUUCCAUCCUCAAAGAAGAAACUCACCUUAGGCAAAGAUCUGGUGUGAAUGAAACAGUGACAGGAUCAACAAACCCACUACUGGGUCUAGGCAUUGAGAAAAAUCUAUUUGAAAUGGAUGGAGGUCCACUUCAAAAUGGGAAGACAAACGAAGAACAUCCAAAGAAUAACACCCCUGGAUUAUUAGUGUUUCUUGCUAUAACUUCAAUUACUCUACUCUUUACAGGUUUUGGAGUAUUUUUGGGCCAUAAUGUCCUGAUCCCAUUUGGAAUUUUUGAGACUUACAUGUUUGUAGUCAGCAAGAAAGGAAAUCAGCAUCAGUCAAAUAGUUUAUUCAACACAGCUCUCAUGUUGAGUGGACUUCCCCAACAUCAGCUGUCUCAACUAACAAGAACUCUUAAGAUUAUUCAGACAUUAAUUCAAGAUCUCUGUGUCUACUUGUUUGCUUGUUUUAUAUCUUUCAAGAUUUAUGCUAUGAUUAAUUAAACUUAAUUUUGGG